AUGAGUGGUUGCGAUGAAACAGAGGAUGAUCAAUUCUUUGACUGCCGUGAUGAGAUCACUUCUGUGUCCGAUUUGUAUUGUUCGAAUUCUGGGCUUGCUAAUUAUGCUUUAGGAUACGAGGUUUGGACAGAGAAACCAGAAAGUGUUGAUGAACGACGCAGUAAGUUUUUGAGAUGGAUAGGUUUGAAUUUAGAUUGGCACACUACAGAAAGAGACGAAGAGGAAGGUUUUUGCAGUGGUGAAGGUAAAUCCGGCUACGAUAGAUUAACAGAUAAUGGAGAAACUGUGCUGGCAAAUGUUGAAUCAGAACAACAGCUUUCCUUGAGUUGUUCAGCGCAUUCUUUGCAGUCGACUGAAUCGUUGGAAUUCAUAGAAGGCAGUGCAAUGGAGAAUUUUGUGUGGAAAAUAAGGAAUCUGGAUGAUGGAACUGAACUUGUUGUGGAUGGAAAGGAUAGGGAUGGUAUGCUCGCUAGACUACGGAAAGUGGGUUCCGAUAAAAUGGUUUCACUUGAAGAGUUCCUAAGAACACUUGGCUCAUUUUCUUUGGUUCAACGGUUUUUGCAUAAAGAAUCAAAGGGAAUUAACAUGGUUGGCACAAAGAAGAAAGUAAACAGUGGUUGGAUUGGGAAAUUGAGUGGCUUGACUCGUAAUGCAGAUUGGAGAAAGGGAGUUCAUUUCAGACCUAAUGAGAACAGUUCAAAGAUAGCGGCCGGAACUCGAAGAGUUCAAGUUAAUGAAUGUAAAAAACGUUCAAAGGAAUUGUCAUUUCUUUGUACAGGGCAAGAAUUUUCUGCACACGAGGGCUCAAUCUUGACAAUGAAGUUCAGUCCUGAUGGGCAAUACCUGGCUACUGCUGGAGAAGAUGGAGUUGUACGUGUCUGGAAGGUGCUUGAGGAUGAGUCUCCGAACAAAUUUGAUCUUCAAGAUAUGGAUCCAUCUUGUUUAUACUUCUCGCUGAAUCAUUUAUCCUCGUUAGCUCCUCUUGAUGUUGAUAAAGAGAAGACUACCCCAAUGAAAAGUAUGAGAAAAUCAUCAGACUCGGCUUGCGCCAUUCUUCCCCCUAAAGUUUUUCAGUUAUUGGAGAAGCCUUUGCAUGAGUUCCAUGGGCAUAGCGGUGAAGUAUUGGCUUUAUCAUGGUCUAAGAAUGGGCAUUUGCUGUCAUCUUCAGUUGAUAAAACAGCUCGCUUAUGGACAUUGGGGCAUGAUCAAUGCCAAGGAAUUUAUUCACAUAAUAACUAUGUGACCUGCAUCGAAUUCAAUCCUGUAGAUGAUAAUUAUUUCAUAAGUGGCUCCAUAGAUGGGAAAAUACGCAUCUGGGAAGUUCAAGGUUGUCGAGUCAGAGAUUGGACUGAUAUUAGAGAAAUAGUGACUGCUGUGUGUUAUCGUCUUGAUGGAAAGAGAGGCGUUGUAGGCACAAUGGAUGGCAAUUGUCGUUUUUAUCACAUUGUUGAUAAUUGUUUGGAAUUGGAUGUUCAAGUAUGCUUAAAUGGGAAGAAGAAGUUGGCUGGAAAGAGGAUAGUUGGACUUCAGUUUUGCCCUAAUGAUGCGAACAAAGUAAUGGUCACUUCUGCUGAUUCACAAGUACAAAUACUUCGUGGGACUGAUGUCAUCUGCAAAUUCAAAGGCAAUCGAAGUUCGGGAAGCCAAGCAACUGCAUCUUUCACGUCAGACGGUGAACACAUUGUCUCAGCCACAGAGGACUCAAACAUCUGUAUCUGGAACUAUACUACUGAGGACAAGAAAUCAGCUCGACCAAAGAAUGUACGAUCACGUGAGAGUUUCUUCUCACGCAACGCAUCCCUUGCUAUACCUUGGGUUGGCUUAAAAACCAAGUUGGGGGCACUACCAGGAAGUAUUUUAGGAAACGUAAAUUUCGACGAGAAAUUGCUCCAAAAACUGCCUGCAUCUUUCCCUGACCUUUUCACAAUGAGCCGAGGGUUCUUGGAUUCUAAAGGAUCUGCAACAUGGCCGGAGGAGAAACUGCCCAAUUCAAGUUCCGUGCCAGUUUCCCCUUCCGUAUGUAAAUCUGAAUUCAAGUUUCUAAAGAGUGCUUGGCAGAAUGCAUUGCAUUCUCCUCAUCUGUGGGGUCUCGUGAUCGUUAGUGCAGGCUGGGAUGGAUGUAUUAGAACAUUUCUCAAUCACGGGUUGCCUAUUCGAUUUUGA